AUGAUAAGUAACGGCAGUACGUCUUCAACCUCAUCAACUACCUCCACUAAUGUUUCACCUUUGUCAGCGGCGUCGUUGGAAUCGGAAUAUGCCAAGAUUCGACCAUACAUCCCUGAACGUAAAUCUUCCAAUCCAGUUCAAAUAUCUAAAAUAAUGAAACAAUUCAAUGUACCACCUACUUUGCCUUUGGCAAGGACAAGACCUAAUCCGAUUAUUGCUAGACGUACUAACAAUGGCAACCAAAGUCAACAUCGACAACAGCAGCAGCAGCAGCAGCAAAAUCGACAUCUUGAACAACGUAUUCAGGUGACUUUAGAUUCGGAUACGUUCUUUAGUCUAACCGUCACCAAUAUAACCGAUCCAAUUGCUUUGAAAAUGUCAAUUGUAAAAAAAUUGGGAAUGACUGCUACAUCUUUGGAACAAUAUCAAUUCUACCACGAAAAUGGUGAUAAUUCUGAUAUUCCUUUGGAUGAUGAUCAACUAGUUUAUAUCUGUGGACAUUCUGACAAUUCGAAACAUCGUAUUUUAUUGAAAUCAACUUCACCAUUAAUAAAUAUGGAAUCAACAUCACCUUCAUCUGCUCAACCAUCAAUAGCACAACAACAACAACAACAACAACAACAACAAGAACAACAAACAGUUUCCCUUUGGGCAGUCCCUCCUCGUUCAUUACAAACUGCCACUCCUCCUUCUCCUCGACAAUCAGAGGAAAAUCAAACUGAAUCUGUUUCCGCUCCUCUUUGGGCGGUCCCACCUCAACCUAUUCAACAUCGAGUGGUAGAUGAUCAGCCAAUUUCUGCUCCUCUUUGGGCUGUACCUCCUCGACCUCUUCAGCCGGUACCACAGGAACAAAUGGCAGCUUCCCUUUGGGCUGUUCCUCCUUCGCAAAACACUACGAGUCUAAGUUCAUCCGCCAUGCUUACGGGAUCAUCAUCAACAUCGACCAGUGCUUCACUUUGGGCAAUACCACCUAAAAACAUCUACCAGGAUCAGGAACACCAACAAUCACAGCAAAGUCAGGAUACCUUAUCAUCAGGAUUAUGGGCUGUACCUCCACGUUUAUCUCCUUCUAAUUCGUCAUCAACAUCUUCUUCUGUGCAUGAUUCCUCUAAUACCAACGCAAAAUCAACAAUACCAACUUCAUCACAGCAAUUAAAGCCACAAGGAUUAUCAACAUCAUCACCAUCUGUCUCUAAUGCAUUACGUACACCUCAGUCUUCAUCAGAAAAUGGAUCACCAAUAUCGUCAUCUCAAGAUUUGACAGAUACGGAGGAAGAUAAUUGGGCAGAACGACCUUCUAUUGAACGAUUAUAUAGAGAUAUUGACAAAUAUUUACCUGGACAUGAUUUGGAUAAAGAAAUCAUGCUGGAAGGGGAGCAUGCAACUACUACAAGACAUAAAAAAUCAAUUCGGGUAGUUGCAAAAGAAGCUCAUCGAAAUUGGCGACAAGCUGUCAAUGUUAUUCGGGUUAAUAAUAUCUUACGGCGACGAAGUACCAAGAUGUGGGGUCAUAAAGUGCAGCAAGUUAAACCUGGAAUGGCCUUGGCUAAUGAAAAAGAAGAUAACACUACAACAUUACAUGACGCACCCACCAAAUUACAAUGGAUGCGUGGACAAUUGAUUGGUAAAGGUUCAUAUGGUCGAGUGUAUCACGCAUUGAAUGUAGCAGCAGGUGAAUGGAUAGCUGUGAAACAAGUAGAUAUCCCUACUACAUCCUCUGAUCGCCACAACCAACAAUUACAUGAUACGGCAGAUGCACUUUAUCGGGAAAUUCAACUAUUGAAAGAUUUGGAACAUGAUAAUAUUGUUCAAUACUUGGGUUACGACGUGGAUGAAGAAGAAGGUCAUAUCAAUAUUUUCUUAGAAUAUGUUCCUGGUGGAAGUAUUGCAAGUUGUCUUAGUAAACAAGGUAAAUUUGAGGAAAGUCUAGUAAGUUACUUUACGCGACAAAUCCUACUUGGCUUGGAAUAUUUGCAUGAUCGUAACAUCCUUCAUCGUGAUAUCAAAGCUGGUAAUGUCCUGUUGACACAUACAGGCACGUGUAAAAUCACGGACUUUGGUUUGUCAAAACUCUCUGGUCAAGAUAAAGCGUAUGAUGCUCAUGGAAAUAACUCAGUUAUGCGUGGUACUGUAUUCUGGAUGGCACCAGAAGUCGUUUCUGGUACAAAUUAUAAUGCAAAAGUCGAUAUUUGGAGUUUGGGUUGUACUGUGAUUGAAAUGUUGACAGGAAAACAUCCUUGGUUAGACAUGAAUAUGUUGGCUGCACUUUAUAGUCUUGGACGCUUUGAGGCUCCUCCAAUACCAGAAGGAAUCCAUGAAAAUGCAAAAAGUUUUUUGAAACAAUGUUUUACAAUUAACCCUGAAGAACGACCUACUGCUGCUGAUUUACUGGUACAUCCAUUUGUGGGUCAAAAUCCAUCUUUCAAGUUCAAGGUAAGAAAAUGA